AUGUGCUUGGUUUUUAGCCUAAUCAUUAUGUCCUAUGAUGUCGGCAAGAAAGAACUCAGAGAGAGCAGCUGCCAUGUGGGACAGCUGCCAGGGUUCUUCCCAAAGGAUGUGAGACGAAUCAGGGAUGUGUUCAUGCAAAGCAGGGAAUCAGAAACCAAAAGGUCUACAUUCAUUCAAAAUCAGACUGUGCUGCAGUGCCUUGGUUCUGGGAGCAAAGUCAAAGUCAACCUUGUGUAUUCAGAGAAAAGGUCAAAGGUCAAGCAGACGCUGAGAGUCCUUGCUGCUCCCCGCAGAAACAGCACUACCUCCCCAAACUGUCACUUAACCCCCACAUCCAAGUUUCAGACUGGAUCCCUUCUAACAGGCAAAGGUGAGACUGGAAAAUGACAUGGAGGUAGGCACUGACUUUUAGCUGACAUCCUUAAAGCCAGGUGG